CUGCCACACUGGUCCUGGCUUACCUCAUGCUGCAUGAGCAGCUCUCCUUAAGGCAGGCAGUCCUUGCGAAACAGCAUCAAGUGUGCAGAGACAGGCGACUGGAAGCCAGCAGUCCACGUUGUCCGCCAGAGACGAUUACAGCCUGGGCAGGAUCUCCUCACAGGAUGGACUCACUGCAGAAGCAGGACCUUCGGAGGCCAAAGAUUCAUGGGGCAGUCCAGGUGUCCUCCUACCAGCCACCCACUCUGGCCUCGCUGCAGCGAUUGCUGUGGGUCCGUCGGAACGCCACACUGACCCACAUCAAUGAAGUCUGGCCCAACCUUUUCUUGGGAGAUGCGUAUGCUGCACGAGACAAGAAUCGUCUUAUCCAACUGGGCAUCACCCAUGUUGUGAAUGUUGCUGCGGGCAAGUUUCAGGUGGACACCGGUGCCAAGUUUUAUCGCGGAACACCUCUGGAGUACUAUGGCAUUGAAGCUGAUGAUAAUCCCUUCUUUGACCUCAGUGUCUACUUUCUGCCUGUUGCUCGAUACAUCAGAGAUGCCCUCAACACUCCCCAAAACCGCGUGCUGGUGCACUGCGCCAUGGGGGUAAGCCGCUCAGCCACGGUUGUCCUGGCCUUCCUCAUGAUCUGCGAGAACAUGACGCUGGUCGAUGCCAUCCAGACGGUGCAGGCCCACCGAGAUAUCUGCCCCAACUCGGGCUUUCUCCGACAACUCCAGGUUCUGGACAACAGGCUGAGGCAGGAAACGGGGCGGCUCUGA